CCCAUAGACUAUUCUUAAUUGUUUAGAACACGAUCAGGAUGUUUGGAUAUUAUGUGCUAAAAGUGUUCUAUCCCCCUUACUAGAUUAAAUAGGCCGUGACGAUACAGUUGACCACACAUCCAUCUUCCUUCACAGUUCUAUAUGUGUGUAUAGACUGUGGAGACACAUUAAUAUGACAAGCUUAAACAAGGCAAAGAAAUCUGCCAUUCAAUGGGACCAAGCUUCUACAGAUAGUGGGUUCGGUUCAGAUGUUUCGAAUCGUCACCUUCCUACGUCAUCCGGGAAAUCCCCGCCGUGCAUCAGCAAGCAAGCUAGAGACAAUUCAAAAUCUCUUCCAAGUAAUUUGAGAAGCAAAAGCCAAUUCAAGUGGAACGACAUCGGAUUGGACGAUUUUGAUCACGUGCGCUACUUAGGUGGUGGGGGUUACGCAAGAGUCGACCUCGUAAAGUUUAAAAGUUCCCAGACCAAGCAUAAAAAAGAAUAUUUCGCGUUGAAGAAAAUCAGUAAAAAGUCUUUAAUUGAAGCAAAACAAGAAUCGCAGUUAGAAGCUGAAAAGGAAGUUUUGAAGAUGGCGGAAUCAAGAUUCAUUCCUCGGCUAUACCGAACCUUCCGAACCUCGAACCACGUGUUCCUGGUCACUGAAGCGUGUCUUGGGGGUGACUUAUUCUCAUAUUUGGAACAUCAUGGUGUAAUGGGGGUAGCAGUGGCCCGCUUCGUGGUUGCUUGCAUCACUGAAGCUUUGGAUUAUCUCCAUCGAGUGUUACACGUCAUACAUCGUGACGUCAAAACCGAGAACUUGCUAAUAGGAGAAGGAGGUAUUCUGAAACUGGCAGAUCUUGGAUUCUGUAAAACCUUGGACCAGCCAACCAAACCAACUUAUACCUUUUGUGGAACACCAGGGUACAUCGCCCCAGAAGUAAUACUACAUACUGGCCACACGUACAGCGCUGAUUUCUUUUCACUUGGUGUAGUAACUUACGAACUUUUAACCUGCCGAUCGCCGUUCAGACGGAAUGCUGUGAUUGACACGCACAAAGCUACCCUACGAGGCAUAACAGAAAUAGCCUUCCCAAGCACCUUAGAUUUCAUCACGUGUACUUUUAUACGAGCACUCUGCUACAGAGAACCUGAGCGACGACUUGGGGCAGACAUUCCACACCACGAUUGGUUUUACGGAUUUAACUGGAACGACUUACGUUCUGGAAGAAUGAUGUCUCCUUUAAAAUUAACGACGCGAACGUAAAGUUGGCUGAAGUACUUCAUGAUAAUCAUUCUUCUAAUUAUCUGCAUAACUAUUUACCUUGCUUGCAUGUUUCUACCUGUUUGUAUCAGUCGUUUCUUUGACAUACCUGUUGGCCAUAUAUAACAUUGCACCGAAUAAAUUUUCCAUAUGCACAA